AGCAGCAGCAGCAGCAGCAGCGAGGAGGAGGAUUUGGGGCGCCUCCGGGAGGCUGCCUGGGACCCGGUGCUGCAGCGAGCAGCAGCAGCGGCCCUGCUGGUGCCCAAAGGCGGUAGGGAGAGCCCUGAGCGGCAGGCCUGGCAGCACCUUCCUCUCUCUAGAUAGAAACUUUACCCAUCCCAAAAAAGCCCUGCAGGAAAGCCUUUUUUGUAUGUGCCAGAAAUAGGGCUGUAUCCAGUUGAUCUCUUAAAACCAGGAAUGGGGAACCUGCAGCUUCCUUGAACUGCAACCCCUGUCAUCCCUGGCUGGGGUUGAUGAAGGCUGGGGGCUCCAAAAGUGAAUGGCCACAUAUGCCUGCCUUAGCUUGAUGGAUAAGAAGCCUAUAAAAUCAAUUGGCAGGAGGCACGUGACUCAGAAAAAUGAUCCACAAAGAUUUUGAUGCUUUUUUGCAGCACCAACAAAAAUCUGUCAAAAAUCAGUCUUCUAGCAGCACUUACGCUUUGGAACAUCACUGUAUUCUUACUCUUCGACACCUGCUAAGAACAUUUUCAUUUAGAGAGAAGGUCUCUGAUCACGGGCAGGAUGGGAAUGAGCUGCAGACCACUCCAGAAUUCCGAGCUCAUGUUGCAAAGAAAUUGGGAGCAAUUUUGGACAGCUCCAUUACUAUUUUGAAGCAUUCUCCAGGACCUGCACAGGACGAUCUGCAGUGCUCAGAGACUGAAGACGAUGGCUUCCGCCUCUUCUCUUCAUCAGUGCCAGGAAACUGUGGGGAGCCAGAACCUCAGACUGCAGGGAGGCGGCAGCAGCGGUACUGCAGCUCCAGCGAGCCGGACAGUGACGAAGAAUGGCAGAGGUGCCAGGAAGCCACGGUGACAGCAGCAGACAUCCUGAAACAUAGCGGCCUCCCAGCAGCGCUCCAGAAUUCCAGCCAGGACCACCACUGCCCAGCCACGGAGCCCAGCCAGAAGAAGAAGAGGAGGAAAAAGAAGGCAAAAGUGAAUGGAGAGAAUAGCAGUGAGCAGGAGGCCAGAGAAGGCCCACAUCAUAGGACUGAGGGACCCUCGGGCUUCGAUGGAGCAAGCAGGAGAGGAGAGAACGCGAGUACGGAGGAUAUGGCAGUGAUGAAGAAGAGGAAGAAGAAGAAGAAAAGGGGGAAAGUGGAAAUAAGGAUGGAGUGAUGUUUUACAGACACUUGGUACUAGGAAGAGUUACCUGAUGUGGCUCUUCAUUGGUCUGGCCUGCAUUGAAGGAAACACACUUGUCGAAUUUUAUAUUUUAUGGAAUCAAAGAACUUAGUUUGGCACUCCCUGCCGCGAGGGAUGCCCUGUAAAAAUGCAGGGGAAGCUCCCCAUCUUACAGAGAAUGAGGACUUGUUGGAGCUGCUUACUGGACUGCUCAGGUGCGCAGUGGGUGGAUAAGACAUCCGUGGAUGGCUCUCCUGGGCUUGUGACCUCCCAGGCUGCCCACUAGCCAUGGAUCCAGUUCUCCCAAGUGCUCGACAACUCUCUCUACUUUUAUAUUCUCAAGCCACAAAACCAAGAGGUUCAUUGGGGCCCCUGCUCAGCUCAGCUGCCCCAUGUGGCCAGUGGGCUAUGAUCAACUUGGUGGGCAGGCUGAACAGAGGUCAUCGUCGUCGUCAAACACUGAUAAUGGCAGUGGAUGGGUGCCUUCCUGCCAGGCAUGUCACAGUUUGAUGCAGACUGAUUCCAUCUCCCCUGUAAUGUCGUCUCAGGGAUAUUUUUUUAAAUAAAUAAAUAAAUUUUUACUGAUUUUCUUUUUCUCAUAACAAAUAUCCAAUAUCAAUAACAUUCAUUUUCCAAUUUCCCCCCUCCCUAUUGACUUCACUCGGCUUCCAUUUCUGGUUUAUUACAUCAAAUGUUACAUUCUGCUAUUUGUAUAUAUUAUUGUGUUGUCACAUUGUUAAACAAAGUUGUAAAUGUUUAUUUAAAUCCUG